AUGGGCUUUCACACGUCUGUAUUCUACUGCUACAAUUUCACUGCUACUAACAUGAAAAUUAUAGCUCCACAUAAUAGUCCCAACACCGAUGGAAUGCAUCUUAGCACCUCAAAAUUGGUCACCAUUGCCAAUAGUGUCAUUGGCACAGGUGAUGAUUGUGUCUCCAUUGGUCACAGUACAGAGAAUAUAACCGUCACCAAUGUCACUUGCGGCCCUGGACAUGGCCUUAGUGUGGGCAGCUUGGGCAAGUACUCGAAAGAAAAGGGUGUCUAUGAUGUUCUAGUAAAGAACUGCACCAUUUUCAAUGCCACCAAUGGUGCCAGAAUCAAGACUUGGGCUAGCCCUGUCUCGGGGUUAGCCUCGAGAAUUAUCUUUGAAGACAUUGUAAUGUACAACGUAAAAAAUCCUAUAAUUAUCGAUCAAACCUACGGCACUAAGAAGAAGAAGGAAUCAAAUUGGAAGGUUAGCAACGUACAGUUCAAGAACAUUCGAGGAACAUCGACAACGAAUGUGGCAGUGUUGUUGGAAUGCAGCAAGUUGUUUCCAUGCGAGGGGGUGGAGUUGAGGGACAUUAACUUGAGUUAUGGAGGCACCAACUUGAGGAAUACAACCAUUGUUUCUUCAUGUUCGAAUGCAAAGAUUGCUACUUUUGGGGUUAAAAAUCCACCACCUUGUGUUGUAUAA